UCUCCAGCCAGUGCGAGACUGCCUAGUAGGGAGACUCACCACCGCUGGUGUGCAGACCUAGGAAGCCCAGGACCCCCGGGAGACUGAGCAGUAGGGCCUCUGACCUGCAGACCAACGAGCUGGUAAGUCGGGCUGGGUUUCGGGGGCUAAGUGUGCGGGAGCGCCUUGCCCAUGGAUCUCAACUCACGAGCUUUCUGAAUUUCGUCCACAGCCCCACCAUCACAGCUGUCUGAAACCACCGCUGCCUGCUGUUGACCAGGCUCAGCCCAAGGACCGGAGAAAGGCCGAGGCCCCACACCAUGGCGCGCACCAAGCAGACCGCCCGCAAAGCCACCACUGUGCAGGCCCCCAGGAAGCCCGUGGCCACCAAAGCCCCAGGCAAGAAGUGGCCGCCUACAGGAGGGAUCAAGAAGCCUCACCGCUACCGGCCUGGCACCCUGGCGCUGCGCGAAAUCAGAAAGUACCAGAAGUCCACGGAGCUGCUCCUGCACAAGCUGCCCUUCCAGCGCCUGGUGCGCGAGGUCACCCAGCUCAUCAGCCUGGACCUGCGCUUCCAGAGCGCGGCCAUUGGCGCCCUGCAGGAGGCCAGCGAGGCCUACCUGGUCCGCCUCUUUGAAGACACCAACCUGUGUGCCAUCCAUGCCAGGCGUGUCACCAUUAUGCCCAGAGACAUGCAGCUGGCCCUUCGCCUCCACAGAGAAGGUCGUUAGGAGCCCAAAUGUAGUUAAGCGUAGGACUGGGUGUGGAAACAGGCAGAUAUCGGGUCUUGGUGGUGGUUCUGGGUGCUUUUGUUUGUGAAUGUCUAAUCUACCUUGAGGGUCAUAAGCCAGCAGUGUCAAAUUCAAUUGUUUCAGCGAGCGCGUUUCAGCACUUCCACUCUACAUCCGUGUUCAAUAAAUCUGUUCAUUUUCACUGGACUAUGCCUGUGUGUAGAAUACUUCAAACCAAAUAAAUCUCCUCUUGA